AUGAAACCCCCAGCCCCACCUUCCAGAGGUGAAGUAGUGCCGCGUGGUCUGGAAGGAGGGGAGGGGAGGGAGGGGGGAGAGGGGAAGAAAGGGGGAAGAAAGAGGGAGAGGGGAAGGGAGGGAGGAGGGUAUGCGCCAUUCUUCGACAUCUGCUUCCAUCGCCCUUGUCCUAACCCGCUGCCGCCAUCGGAGCGUGCCAAUCGCCCCCUCUCCGGAAUCUCCGCCGCCUUUCGCUCUCAGCCUCCCACCGCCUACCUCCCGUCGUUGGCCCCGUCCGCUCUCUCUCCUUCCUCUCCUUCCCCAACUUAUGCCUCCGCAUCCGCCUCUUCCCCGUCUCCUGCCCAAUCCGCCGCUAACCGUCCGCCAUCAAUCCCCCGCUCCGCUCACUCUCCCCGUCCCUCCCCCUCACCUUCCGCCUCCCGCGCUCCCAUCCCCGUACCCUCGGCCUUCUCCCCCUCCCACCGUCGCCCCUUCCACUCCGCCUCCUCUCACCUCUCCACCUCCCCGCGCAACGCGCUCCCCGCCUUCUCCAGCGCCGUCGCCGCGGCAGGAUCCACCGCCUCCGGCGGCUCCCCGGCCGCCGGCAGCGGCGGCGGCGGCGCUUCGUCGGGCUCACCUCCCGCCGCGUCAAGCGGCGGCGGCUCGGCGCGCGGGUUCGCAUCGUCGGCUUCGUGGUGGGGGGGCGGGCAGGGGGAAGAGGAGGAAGGGAUGGGGCUAGCGGGGGACGACGAUCACGACCCCGCGGUCGCCGCCGCCGCCGCUAGCGCCGACAGCGCCAAGUACGCGCGCGAGCAGGCUCCCGCGUGGCUCCCCCUGGUGCCCGGCGCGGGGUACUGGUACCCGCCCGUCGAUCCCGUGACGGGGAAACCGCGGUGGGAAGGGAAGGCGCGGCGCGGGAGCGAGAUGUGGAUGGCGUCGGUGGCGCUGCAGGGGGAGCGGCUUCCGCUGGACGAGCACGUGGAGAUGCAGGCGGUGCGGCUGCUGUGGCAGCUGAGCGUGGGCGACGGGCGCGUGGACGGCAAGAGCAACCUGGAGCGCACCCUCGCGCUCGUUGCGCCCGCUGGCCACCCGGACCUCCUGUACUCGACGCUGGGCUAUGCAGUGGACUGGGAUGUGCAGGGAGCAUACAAUAGCGUUGGUAGGGAGGCAUACGAGGAGGCACACGAGGAGCCUGCUAUGGAGGCGGAGAGGCAGGCGGGUCCACAGGAGCACGAGAUAGCUGACCCCUCUCUUCCCACGCCUCACACCAUCCACGCCCCCUCUGCCCCUGUCGCAACGGACGAGGACCCCAUCUCCGGCCCAUCAGCGCCAGCACCGCUCUUGGCACACACCAAGCGCACGUAUCAGCCCAGCACCAUUCGCCGCAAGCGCAAGCACGGCUUCCUCUCUCGCAAGAAGAGCCGUGGCGGUCGCAAGGUGUUGGCUCGCCGCAUAGCCAAAGGCAGGUCAAGGCUGGCUGCAUGA